AAGAAAGCUGUCCUAGUGGGAAUUGGUGGUGCCUCAUCAAGCGGGAAAACAUCUGUUGCAAAAUUACUUCACAAGAUUAUUCCAGACUCAAUACUAUUACAUCAAGAUGAUUUUUAUAAAAAUGACAAGGAUAUCCCAACGGACCCAGCUACUGGCGAAGCUGAUUGGGAUUGUCCAGGUGCCAUAAACUUCGAUGAUUUCGAAAAAGAACUACAAUACAUAAGAGCAAAUGCAUCACUCUCCCCUGAAACUGAAUCUUAUGAAAAUAGAUAUAAUAGUGAUACGAAAGACUCCGGGAGCGUGUCAAUUCCUCAGAAUGAGCUAGAUGAAUUCGAAUCGAAAAUAUCAAAACUUCUAGCUGAAAAAAAUUUCAAACUAAUACUUGUUGAUGGAUUUAUGUUGUUUCAUGACCCAAAAAUCAUCAAAUUGUUUGACAUUAGAAUAUUUUUGAGAGCAUCAUAUCAAACAUUGAAACAUAGACGAGAAAAUAGAGCAGGCUACCAAACUCAAGAAACUUUUUGGGUUGAUCCUCCUGGUUAUUUUGAUAAACUUGUGUAUCCAGGUUAUUCAAAAUCGCAUAAGCAUUUGUUUGAAGAUGAAAAUGUGGAGAAUAAACUUAACGCAACAAUCGCUCAAGAGCUAAAUAUAGUAAGCUUUGCAAAUAAUGAAGGUUGUACAUUAAAGGAAGUCUUACUAUGGUCUUUGAAUUCUUUGAUC